GAUAAUUUUUCACGCGAGCAAUAUUUUUCUGGCAAAUAAUGAAACAGUUGUUUACUGAGAUGUGAGAGGUCUUCCCCAUUUCAUUUCCAAUUGUUUGACAGGACAACAUCUUUGAAACACCAGGAACGUCUGGAUCUUUUUUCUCAAGUCUGAGUUGACGCGAGAGAAAGUAAGAAAAAUAUCACAGUAAUAUAGGUAUAGGAAAUGGAUGGUACAGAAUGGAUACCCCAUACAACAAAGUCAGGAAAGAUUCUGUAUUACAUAAAUCCAGCCACUGGGGAAUGUAAAUGGCAAAACCAACUUAACAAGGAAGACAGUCAAAGCAGUAUUUGUAACACAGACAUAAACUCUAAGCAGUCAUGUACUCAAGCCUGUCGCUCCUCACCCAGGCGUGAUGGUGAAGAAGUUAUUGCUUCUACAUCUGCUUUUGGCUCCAAAACAACUGUCUCUGAGUCAUGGACUCAAGAGAGAUAUCCUAUACUAAGUAAUUCUACAAACCCCAGCCCAAAAAGAAAAGAUGAAAAAGAAGGUAGAGAGAAGUCUGAAAAUGAUGUUCAGUUUGUAAAAAAUCAAGAACGUCAAAUGACAGUGGAUGUCUUGGCAGAAUGUAAAACUGCCCGUAUUCACUGCGUUGAGAGUGGUGCUGUCACAGUUUUACAAACAUCAAGUAGCCACUCAGGCAGUGCACAGGUGACUGGAAAUGAGUCAAGUGAAAGUGUUGUCCAGCAGGAGAUACUUCAGUGUCCACAGUGCACUGAAGAGUUUUCCUGUCCAAAUAAAUUUACCACACACUUGCGUAGCCAUCCGGGAAUUGAUCCGUUGAAAUGCCCAGUGUGUUCUAAGGAAUACUCAUCAUCCACAUCUCUGAGCACGCAUCUGAGAACUCACACGGGGGAAAAGCCAUUCUCAUGCCCACGGUGCCCCAAAUGCUUUAGUCAAUCAAGUCACUUGACCACACACAUGCGUGUGCACACGGGAGAGAAGCCGUAUCAAUGUCCUAAGUGUCCAAAGACGUUUGGACAGUCGAGCCACCUGACGUUGCACCUGCGCAUUCAUAACGGUGAGAAACCAUUUCAAUGUCGCUUCUGCAGCAAAGGGUUUUCUCAUUCGUCAGCUCUGAGUACGCAUAUGAGAACCCAUACUGGUGAAAAACCCUUCCAGUGUCCAAACUGCCCGAAGAAGUUUUGUCAGUCAAGUCACCUCAAAAUUCAUGUACGGACACAUACUGGAGAAAGACCGUUUCAAUGUCCACACUGUCAGAAAUGUUUUCGACAAUCUUGUUACCUAACUAAGCACGUGCGAGGCCAUUUAAAAACGGAACAAAGUUUCUAAUAACUAAGAUGUAUAUUUAACACAGAAAAAUGUAAGCUAUGAUUCAGUAACGGUACUUAAAACAGUUAAAAUAUUUUUGUCUUUUCUUCCUCGUUUGCAUUACUAUUACUUAACUAAACAGCAAAAAUGAACUCUGAACCGAAAUGGAGGCUAAGAAUUCCAAUAAUGAAUUGCAGAUAUUGCUUCAAUUUUAUUUCUUCUUUUGAUUCUAAACUUUUGCUUCGAUCAAGCAGAUAAAGCGAGAACUUUACAGCGUGUUUCAUUACACUUUUAAUGGUAGAUUUUUUCCGGGAGUUUGAGAAUGUGAUGAAACAUUGUUUCUUUCGUUUGAUGCUUCUUAUUACAUUUUAUGAGUUGGAAAACCAACAACA